AUGCUGGACACCAAUAAAUCCCGAUUUGUUGAUUUCCAAAAGGUUCGCAUCCAGGAGACCCAGGCAGAGCUCCCACGGGGCAGUAUUCCUCGUAGCGUGGAAAUCAUCCUUCGUGCUGAGGCUGUGGAGUCUUGUCAGGCUGGCGACAGAUGUGAUUUCACUGGAUCUCUAAUCGUCGUACCUGAUAUUGCUCAGUUGGCUACACCAGGUGUCCGAGCUGAAACAAGCUCACGAGUGGGAGGAGCCGAAGGUUAUGAAGCAGAAGGCGUCCGUGGCCUUAAAGCCCUUGGUGUCAGAGACCUCUCCUACAAACUGGUCUUCCUUGCAUGUCACGUUGCACCAACAAAUCCCAGGUUUGGUGGAAAAGAUCUGAAUGAUGAGGAUAUGACAGCAGAGAGCAUCAAGAAUCAGAUGUCUGUGAAGGAAUGGGAGAAGGUUUUUGAGAUGAGCCAGGAUAAGAAUCUUUACCAUAAUCUCUGCACCAGUCUCUUCCCUACCAUACAUGGUAACGAUGAGGUGAAGCGAGGUGUCUUGCUCAUGCUUUUUGGUGGUGUCCCAAAGACCACUAUGGAGGGCACAUCUCUGCGUGGAGACAUCAAUGUUUGCAUUGUUGGAGACCCAAGUACAGCAAAGAGUCAGUUCCUCAAACACGUUGAGGAGUUCAGCCCGCGGGCGGUGUACACAAGCGGGAAGGCAUCCACUGCUGCUGGUCUGACUGCGGCUGUAGUGAAGGACGAAGAGUCCCAUGAGUUUGUGAUCGAGGCCGGAGCCUUGAUGUUGGCCGAUAAUGGUGUGUGUUGCAUUGAUGAAUUUGACAAAAUGGACCUGAAGGACCAGGUGGCAAUCCAUGAAGCCAUGGAACAGCAGACCAUCUCCAUCACCAAAGCUGGUGUUAAGGCAACGCUGAAUGCAAGAACAUCCAUCUUGGCUGCUGCAAAUCCUGUUGGUGGUCGUUAUGACAGAUCAAAGUCUCUAAAACAGAACAUAAACUUGUCUGCUCCGAUCAUGUCAAGAUUUGACCUCUUCUUCAUCCUGGUUGAUGAAUGCAAUGAGGUGACGGAUUACGCCAUUGCUCGGCGUAUUGUCGACCUACACUCCCGCAUUGAAGAAUCCAUUGACAGAGUGUACACCCUCGAUGAAGUCCGUAGAUACCUGCUCUUUGCCCGGCAGUUCAAGCCUAAAAUCUCUAAAGAGUCAGAAGACUUCAUAGUGGAGCAGUACAAGAGGCUUCGACAGAGGGAUGGCUCUGGGGUUACUAAGUCAGCUUGGAGGAUCACUGUCCGACAGCUGGAGAGUAUGAUCCGGCUGUCUGAAGCCAUGGCAAGGAUGCAUUGCAGUGAUGAGGUGCAGCCAAAACAUGUCAAAGAAGCUUUCCGACUGCUGAACAAGUCCAUUAUUAGAGUGGAGACCCCAGAUGUGAACCUGGAUCAGGAGGAUGUAGAGGAAGAGCAGGCUCAGGAGGACAUCAAUGGCGAUGCCGGAAUACCCAAUGGUCAUGUGAAUGGAAUAAAUGGUCAUGCAGAUAGCGAGCCUAUGGAGACGUCUGCCAAACCAACCUUGCGUCUCAGCUUUACAGAAUACAAGAGGAUCUCCAAUUUAUUGGUCCUGCAGCUGAGGAAGAUGGAGGUCCACACAGAUGAGGAUGAAUCGACUCAGAAGAAAAACGAGCUCAUUAACUGGUAUCUGAAGGAGAUGGAGUUAGAGAUUGACUCUGAAGAGGAACUCGUAAACCGGAAGCAGAUCAUUGAGAAGGUUAUCCACAGACUAGUUCAUUAUGAUCAGAUCUUGAUUGAAUUAUCACAGACUGGACUGAAAGGCUCUGGCAGUGAUGAGGAAGCCGGCAAGGAAGAGGAUCCUUACCUGGUUGUCAACCCCAACUACAUCCUAGAAGAUUAG